AUGUGUACGUCGUUUUUGAUGGCUUUACAAGCAGCAGGUCACCGUCGCCGUGGUCACUCAUUCGCUAGGCGUCGACUUUGGCAGCGCCCAGCGUGCGGUAGGGCAGUGAUAGAGUUCGCCAGCGGCAAGGAAGGUGUCGGAUUGCUGUACUCCGUAUGCUACUCGGACGAGGGCGGCAACGCGGUUUUAUCGCACAAGACGGAGGCUGAUUUGGAAGAGCUUCGGGGAAGGUACGGAGAUGUAAGGACGGCUGUGUUCGCGGUGUACGCUGGGGCUUUAAAUGGUGGAUCUGCAGUGAGCCAGCUGUGUUGGAAGCACGAGUCGGAGUUGGUGGAGGGCGAGUUGAAGCGCUGCUCGGAGAAGGAGGCCCUAUACAUUCCGAGUUACGUCCAAUUGCCGACGCCUAACAUCAGGGUGCGCAAAUACGAGCGGGGCAAGCAGGGCGACAGCGCCUUGUGCGCGCCUAUUCCGAAACCUUCAGCGGCGGCUGGCGGUGCGAGGGCUCCGGCUGCCACCUCCGCUGCACGCACAACUUCGGAAAGCAAAACGAGUCAACCAAAGCUGUUUGGGUUGCACGGUUAUGAGCACGUCAAAAACGAGGGUACCCAUAAGAAGCCCAAGGUGGAGGCACCCCCUCCGGCCGCCGCGCCGAGCCGCAGGCCAGCGGAAGCGCAAGAGAAGGCAACAGCUACUAGGGCGACUCAGCCGGCACAACCUAGAGGAGAGAGUGCAGCUACUUCAGCGCCAAGUGGCGGUGUCGGGAGCACGCAGAGAGACUUCAAGUCGUUCGUGUCCCAGAAGUUGGCGCAGCCCAGCAGCAGUGCGGAGGCACCCUCAUCCCAGGCUGCACCGGCGGCGAUAUCGCAGAACGACGCUAUGGACACUUCUCUGUUUGCGUGUGACGACCCUUGCGACGCCAUGGAGCUGGACGACGCAAGCUGCAACGACCGCCCCGUGAGCUACGUGGAAAAGGUGACGCGCGAGAACACGUACGUGGACAGCGGCUACUUCGUGGUGGAGGAGAACGACGAGUACGUGCAGGUGAACUCGCCUGCCAGAAGCCUCAAGGCGGCUCCGCCGAAACACGGCCGGAAGGAAAGCAGCGCAGAUGACGGCAGAAAGGGGCUGCUGAAGAAGCCCCAGAAGCAGCUCAAGCAGAUGACGUUGACGUACGUUCGUUGUUGUGUACGGCAUGACUCUCUCGUAGGUCCUUCUUCAAAAAAUGAGGUCCCAGGCGCCAGUUCUACUGUUGGGUGUUUAACGGCCAUAGAGGAGUUAGAGCGUGUCGAAUUACAGCGGAAUCGUGUCGCCAGGUUGACUUUUGCGUCCAUUCGGCCGGCCCAGGGAGCAGGAAGGCGGCUCUCACCGCCCGCGAGUGAGAUAGACACUCACCCGUGCCGCGAAAGCUGCUGGACACUGAGUGGAAGGUCGGCUUCGUGCCGGCAGCCUGCGGUACGACAAGCCAACUUCCGACUCGCCGGAGAAGGGGAAGCUGCUGCGCAGGGGUCGUCUGGCAGCGUCCAUCUUCCACUCGAGCCUGUGGUUGCGAUAGUUGGGCGCCCAAACGUCGGCAAAUCCUCCAUCUUCAAUCGCAUCUCUAAGCAGGUGAGGCGUCAUGCCAUCUGCCUUGCUCGCAAAAUCGCGCAGUUCCACCGCGGCAGCAUCGUGUCAGAAUCGCCAGGCACCACGAGGGAUCGCCAGUAUGCGCUUGCAGAUUGGGAGGGGCGCACCUUCCGGCUGAUAGACACCGGCGGGCUGGAGGACGAGAGUGAGUACGCGGAAUCGAUCAGAGCUCAAGUGGGAAGUUCGCUGGAACAUGCGUCGGUGGCCCUUGUGGUGGUGGACGGCCAGGCAGGACUCACCGAUGGUGACCUGGAGGUGCGUGACUUCGUGCUGGACGCAGUCAAGAAACGGGGCGAUCUGCGCGUGCUGCUGUGUGUAAAUAAGUGCGAGUCGUUCCAAUUCGGUGACGUCCUGGCUGAGGUAGGUCCUCACUCGCUGCCUUGGACGCGUGUCAGGCCGAACUGUGGCAAGUCGUCGCUGGUAAACCUGCUGGCUGGAAGCUCGCGGUGCCUGGUGUCGCCGAAGGAGGGCACCACGCUGGACACGGUGGAGGUGCCCAUUGUGAGGGGUGAGCGGCGGUACCUAUUGAUCGACACUGCCGGGAUGCGUCUACAGUCCAAGGAUCGUCGGAGCUUCCUUCCCAAGGGUCGCAGUUUACGGGCGAUCCGCAAAAGCGACGUGUGCGUGCUGGUGGUGGACGCGAGUUGGGGCAUAUCCCGCAACGACGUGAAGCUGGCGGAGGAGAUACGGGCGGAGAGCCGUGCGGCGGUCAUCGUGUGCAACAAGUGGGACCUGGUGGACAAGGAUCCCACGGUGUACAAGAACGCCGUUAAUUAUGUGAAGGAGAAGCUGCACUGGCUGGACUACGCCGACGUCGUGUUCACCUCCGCCAAGACCGCCCAGCGGGUCAGCAACGUCCUGGGGGCAUGCCAAAAUGCGCACGACCAGUUCUCCAAGAGCUUCACCACUGCCUUGCUUAACGAGGUUUUGCGCGAGGCGACCUUCCUCCAGAAGCCGCCGGUGACUCAUGGGAAACGCUUGAGCAUCUACUACGUCUGCCAGGUUCACAGCCAGCCGCCGGGGAUUGCGCUAUUCUGCAACGACGAACGCCUGCUGACCGACGACUACGCCGAGUACCUCGAGGUCUUUUUCCGGCGAUCACUCAACCUGACGGGCUCGCCGAUUCGCUGGUACCCCAGGGCCAAGAGGGCAAGGCACAGCGUGCCGGACCUCCGGAACCGCGCUUCCAAAUCCAGCUGCAACUCACGGGAGCUGCUGUCGCUGUGA